CGGAACAAUGUGAUCUUAUGUCGCGAUUUCUUCUUAAUAAAAAAUGAUCAAUGAUCCUUAAACUGCUCUCAGUUUCAUGUAUUUCCUUAUUGCUACCAUGAAACUUCAAAUACAGAAUUGAUCCUGCAAUUAACUAAGUAAUUAAGUAUUAAAAUGAUAUAUAUACAUAUAUAUUCGUAAUUGUGCAACAAUUAUUGCCUGUUGUAUUCGAUUAUAGUAGAGAAAUUUAAUGUACGAUUUGAACUACAUUAAAAGUUGAAGCCAAACUUAAAUGGUCUUUUGAUACUCUGUGAUAAUUGAUCGCUUGUUUAAUGUAAUUAAUUGCAAAUCAAUUUCCAUUUAAAAAAUUAUUUGCAACAAUUGCGGAUACAUAUAUGUAUUGAAGAAGUUCAUAAUGUUGAAAGAGGGGAUAAUUGUGUGGCACGUAUACGCUGUACGGUUGCCAGGACAACAAAUUUGGAUAACAAAAGAGGCAGUAAGCUGAUUGUAUCAAUUUUAUCGUCGGACAGCGAGGAUUUACGGAAAAAUUAUGAAAGAAAACACCAAGUUCCUUGUAACCGAACUGAACAAAUUACUGGAUCGUAAUUACAGUGUAAUCUAUUUUAAUUCCUUAAGUCCUGAGGAACUGUUGCAAGUUUUGAAAGAGGUGUUGAUUAAGAUACAAGAUCAAAAUGAUACGAAUGUUGAUAUUAGAAAUGGAAGCCCCGAAGAAACUGCUAUUUACAUUUUGUCUAUUCUUCGGGUACUUAAUUAUCAGCCACAAAUAGAUCCUGCAGCUUUUAGACAAGGUCUUAUUCGAGGCGAUCCCGAUAUGAUUCAUCCCAUCUUGACUUGGCUUUUAUCUCGUUUGGAUAUUGUUAGGAAAAGAGCUUAUUUAUCUCGUUUUCUAGUAAAGAUAGAAGUUCCCGACGAGUAUUUAAACGACCCAGAAGUCUCCUCUUUGUAUGAUCAGUAUACAGCUGCAAUCAAUAGAUUCAAAACCGUUCAUAAAGAAAGAGAAAUAGGGAAAAAGAAUUUCGAGAAUGCCAGCGAAUUGACAGCAGAUCUGAAAACUAUGGAGAAAGAAAAAGAAGCUGUAACGAUACGUAUUGAAAAAAUGAAGGCAAAAGCAGAACCUGGCAUUCACUUGUUAGAUGCAGCUAGAGCAUUGCGCAUAGAAAAAGAUAAAGAGCGUGAUCUGGCGUUGCAGGAAGAGCAAGAGAAAGAUAUUUUAUCUACGUUGCAGACUUCGCUCCAAAGGUUAGAGCGGGAGUUGCAAACUCUGAAAGAGGAUGAGAAUGAAAUUACAGUUGAAACGUUGUUGCAACAUUUGUCCGAGGCAAUAACGGUUCAGACAAUAGUAACAAAUGAAAAGUUACCGGGUGAAAUACAAACCAAAAGAGAUCACAUAAAAGCUUUAGUCGCGGUGAAACAGUAUUCGUACUUGGGACCGGAUCAAAUAACUGCAUUGAGAAAUAAAUUGGACACCAUAUCCGAAGAGAUUCAAAAAUUGAUAGGGUUGAAGAUCUCUAAAAGCAGCGUUGAUAAAAUCGAGCCCUUUCGACAACAAGCGGCUGCUGUUACGAAUAUUAAAAGAAACGUGUUGGAGCGAUUGGAGAAAACAGAAAGAUCUUUGCAAGAAUUACAAGCAAAAUUAAAGGAGAAACAAGAAUUAUCGAAAUUUAUGGUAGAAGAUAUAAUACCGAAAGGGGAAGAGUUAAAAAAAUACAUAAACCGUUUGAAAACUAGAGGUACACUUUAUAAACAUUGCAAGGCUGAAUUGGCAUGGCUUGCUGCAGAGAAUAACGUGUUAUAUCGAACAACUACCAUUUUGGAAAAUCAGGUUAAUCAAUGUAAUCAAGCAAAAGAAAUAUUUGAAAAUGUAAAGAAAACCAUCCCGGAUAAUUUUACGGAAGAAAACGCGUUUUCGAUGAAUGUUCAAUUGUCGAGAAAUAUAUUUGCAUUUCGCGCGAAAUUGGUCCCUUUGAUAAAUGAGUUGCAGACAUUGCGAAAAAAAUCACGCGAAUAUGAUCAGCAACAGCAACAAGCGGAAAAGACGCAUAAAAAUGUAGAAUCGAGUAUGAAUAUUUCAAUUAAUGAUUUACAAUCUGAAAUAGAAGGCAUAAAACUGAAAAUAGAAAAGGAUGUUGAAGAAAUAAAAAAAUUGCAAGAGCUUGUACAUAGAAUGAAAACUACAGAGGAAAAAAUAAAUCGUGAUACAGAGGAUUCUACAAUUUCUGAUCCUGGCAAAAAACUGAAGGAAGAAUUAAAUAACGUUGUCUUAUCCGAAGAAGCAAAACUAAAAAGUUUGAUGAUAGAGAAAGACCGUUUGAAGGAGUUUGUUGCAGUAAAGGAAAAACAAAUACAAAUGUGGAAUGAUAUUUUAUCGAACAUUAGAUGGAAAUGAGAACGAUCAUUGGUAAAUGCCAGGAAGUCGAAAGAGAAUAGCCCUCUUCUUGUUUCAACGAGAAUUACUUGUAAGCACGAACCUCUACUACCGAAUAAAUUUCACGCAAUCUGUGGAAUGUGGAAAUGGUUAAAUGGAAUUGGAAAAUUCGAAAUGUGUGCAUUAUCGAUAAGGGAAAAAAGCGACCUGAAAAUAAGCGUGUAAGCGAGAUAACGUAUGUUCUGCUAGUCACAGACUGCACGUUCCGUAAGAAAAGUUGAUGUUGCUCCAUGAAGGCAGAACAGCCGUAGUUAUUGUCUUAUCGUUUAAUACGUGAGUUAGUAGAAAAAUGGGAUUCACGCUACAUAAGGGCAGGGCGGACCUACCCUUAUUUUUGCCUAUUGUGCGUACCUCGCGACAAGUCCCUCGAGAUGCAUAUACAGACGCGCUGUCUAACUUUCUACGAGCCAUAUUUAGUAGAUCUUUGCUCGAGACUUCUUUCGAAGCACGGAUAGUAGUUAUGCCAAUGUUCGUAACAAUCCUUCCUUUUUUCUACCUUGCGCAGAGUAACGAGUAUGCGAUUAAAUGGCGAUGAAAAGGAAAGAGUAACACGUGGAUGUGCAGUCUACCUUGGUUUCGUAUGUUAGACAAAGAGGCAAUGACCGCGACUAUUGCCCUCUCUCGUCUCCUUCCAUGCACGCAUACACACGUACACACAUAAUAUCUCUCUCUCUCUCUUGUGUCGACUUCAACUUUUCUUACUGAGCGCGCAGCAGCAUAAUGGUAUGGUAAUGGCAUUGUAAGUAGUUACGAGCAUAUGACAAACUUGAUUAAUUCGUUUUCGUUUAACAUUACCCGCUUACAGAGGUAUCGUUUAUGGUAAUAACUUUAUUGCAUUCGUCUGUAGUGUGCGUCAUUGACAUCGAACAAAGAAAUAUAAUGAUGCGAAUGAUUUAACAUGUAAUAAUCAUCGUUAUAAUAUUUCAGCGUUUAAUCGAAAUAGCGUUUGUUAUUUUUUCUUGACGUUAGUAAACAAGUAAACGUUAGUAUAUAUUUU